ACGUUUAUAAUGCGCGAAGCCCACGAACGGAGCGGACCGUUCGACGACGGUCAUUCAGAGCUCGACCAGUGUGCUGCACGUUUCGUGGCUCCUUCACGUCCUUGUUGUUUCGUCGUGUACACGAUCUGUGCAUCCGCCCUGCCUUCGUGAUCACCUAAGUUGGUCGUGAGUGCUGGAACAGAUCGAACCAGAAAAGGGAACUAUGCUCUGAGGGUGGACCUCGUGUCGACGACGCUGGACCCUCGCUCGUCUCUCCGGUGAUUUUUCUUCUGUGAUUCGUCGACCAGUGGCAAUAUCAGGACUUGGUUUCAUCUCCAACGAACCAACCACUUCCACGGAUUUUCAUAGAUACUAGAACAUUCAGCAAGAUUUAUGUUACGUGUUUCGAACGUGUGUUUUCCAUUGAAUCGAUGAUUUUACGAGUUCAAUAGGAUCUGGAAUUAUCGGAGCAAGGAUAUACAAGAUGCGGGACACGUAUGGGACAUUUGGGAGGAUGUCGAAGUCUGGUAGCAUCAAGGAUGGCGAGAAGGGCCCGUACGACCCGGUUCCAAUCACGGACAAAGGAGCAAACGACGAGAUCAAACUCGAGGCGAAGAUGUCCCUUUUAAACGGCAUCACCGUGAUCGUCGGCUCGAUUAUUGGUUCUGGCAUCUUCGUUAGCCCCACCGGUGUCCUCAAGUACACGGGAAGCGUGAACGCGAGCCUCCUAGUGUGGACUGCUUCCGGUAUUUUCUCCACGGUAGGCGCAUACUGUUACGCGGAGCUGGGAUGUAUGAUCAGAAAGUCGGGCGCCGAUUACGCGUACAUCAUGGAGACCUUCGGACCUUUCCUGGCGUUCAUCAGACUCUGGGUUGAAUGUAUGAUAGUGCGACCUUGCAGCCAAGCCAUCGUGGCCUUGACAUUCAGCGUUUAUGUACUGAAGCCGGUGUUUCCAGACUGCACGCCACCAGACGAUGCAACGAGGAUAUUAGCUGCCUGCUGCAUCUGCAUCUUGGCAUUCAUCAACUGCUGGGACGUAAAAUGGGCGACCAGAGUGCAAGACGUUUUCACCUACGCCAAGUUGCUCGCACUCUUCAUCAUUAUUUUCACCGGGGCUUAUCAGUUGUUCAGCGGACACACGCAGUAUUUCACGUUCGACAACACGAACACAGAAGUGACGUCGAUAGCACUCAGCUUCUAUUCGGGACUGUUCGCUUAUAAUGGCUGGAACUACUUGAAUUUCAUCAUCGAGGAACUGAAGGAUCCUGUCAAAAAUUUACCAAAAGCCAUUGCCAUCUCCUGUGUUCUGGUCACUGUAGUCUACGUUUUUGCAAAUAUGGCCUUCUACACCACAUUGAGCCCUGUUGAAGUUCUAGGGAGCGAAGCUGUUGCAGUGACCUUCGCCAACCGUCUGUUUGGUGUAUUCGCCUGGACGAUACCAGUAUUCGUGGCCCUCUCGACGUUCGGCGCCGUAAAUGGAAUUCUUUUAACGUCCUCGAGACUUUUCUACGCAGGAGCAUGCGAGGGUCAAAUGCCUGAAAUAUUAACGAUGAUCCAAACUUCCAGACUGACCCCAACGCCGGCCGUUCUCUGCAUGGCCCUGCUGUCUAUGUUGUACCUCUGCUCCUCCGAUAUCUUUGCCUUGAUCAACUACGUCGGUUUUGCUACCUGGUUGAGCAUAGGUGUAUCUGUAUUGUGCCUGCCAUGGCUCAGAUGGACUCAACCAAAUCUACCCAGGCCAAUUAAAGUGAAUCUCUUUUUCCCAAUUAUUUACAUCCUUGCCACCCUCUUUGUAACCGUGGUACCAAUGUACGCCAGUCCUGUGGAAACAGGAUACGGUUGCCUGAUGAUAUUCUCAUCCAUACCUGUGUACUUUAUGUUUAUCGCGUGGAAAAACAAGCCAAAAUGCUUCCAAAAAGGAGUCGGCGCCGUUACCAAAACUUUGCAGAAGCUGAUGGUAGUCGUCGGACCAAAGACUAAGUAAGCGUCACGAAGUUCCUGCAGAAAAUAAUGCUGGUCGUCGGCAAGUCGAAACCCGCUCAGGUUUAAUCAGUCAGAAUGGAUCCACAGGAGUGACUUCCGGUUCUAAGGCAACGACAAACGAAGCGAAGUUUCCGAAAACCUCGUAGAAUCUUCUUUUCUUCAACAAUUCGUAAUUCAGAUUAAUGACUGGUAGACUUCAACAAAAUACAGUUUGAAAAUUUAGAGUUGACCUACCAAAUCGUGUUCUAAUAUAGACACUAUUAAAUGAAUUGCAAGAUGUAAGGAAGCAUUCUACAAGUGUAAAUGGUGACCUGCCAAAAGACAGCCAUAUUUUGUAGCAGGCCACCUAAGAAACUAAGCAGAACGGAAGUUCCCUCUUGCCUGGAUAUCAUCCCUGCUACGUUGACAUCAAGAUUUUCGCGAGAUUAUAUCAUGCUCGCGAUUCCAGCGGAGGUAUAGUAAUAUAUAAGGGUGUUAAGACAAUAAUGAUCCAUUAUACUAAGUUAAUGAAAUUAAUUUGUAAAAGAAGACACUUUGGUGUCAUAUUUAUGCCACUAUAUUUUUUAAUUUUAUUUCUAAUUUAAUAAUUAUAUUAUUGUUAAAAAUAUUUCCUCUGUAACUUAUAGUCAUUAUUUCUCUAACACCCUGUAAAUACACAAAGAAGUACCCACAGGUUUCUAGAAUUAGAAUGAAAAAUUUCUUUUUUUAAUACUGAUUGUCUUUUUAAUAAUUCCAUAAACUUUUGGGUACAUCAACAGAAAAUGAUCAUCAAUAGAAAAGUGUAUAUGUUAAAAUAAGGAACAUAAUAUAUUCGCCUCCGUUGAACACGCGACGUGUCCGAUUCUUUGCAACGAUUUAAACGUAUGUAUGUAUUUUUCUUUCAUUCCACGAUGUAUAUCAUUUCCAUUCACGCGAUUCGAGCCUCUUCCUCUUUCAUCAUAGGCAUCGAAUACGUCUUCGUUAGCUAUCCCAUAAAAAAUCGUCAGCGAUAAUUUAUUGUUCGAUCACAGCAGACAGAUCAUUUGAUUUUCCCUCGUUCUCGUUGAAAUUAAGAAACAGACGUAUUGUUUUACGUGCUGGCAUUCGAUUAUUAAACAUUGUACUCGCGUUAUACAUACUGCCAUCGUGUUUUAAAAAAUGUUCUAUCGGAAUUAGUGGAACUCUUGUUAUCAUUCUGCCAAUUGUACGCUUUCCAAAGCGUACAUUACAAAUUUAUCAAAUGUAUGUAUUUGUCAAGCAAUCAAAUUUUGAUUGUAUUAACAAAAUGUGUAUUAUCAUUGUAAUUUCGACGUCCGGACCUGUUGGCAAAGUAUUAAAAGACCCACCGAGCAAAGAACCAACAUUUAAACAGAUGCAAUAGCGAUUCAAGUGACUAAUUAAUCAAAUUCACGGUUUUUUAAUACUUUUUUAAGCGAGCAACCGUUUUAGGAUGAUUUUAGUCGCAUUUCAAGCCUCUAUUUCUUUACUUUCUUUUUAUUUGUAUUUUUAUUCAUUCAUUCCUUCGCGAAUGUAUGCAUGCGUUUGAUGAGUGCGUUUAUUGUUGCAUGCACAGAUACGAUAAGGAUUUGCGUUGAGAAUUUUUAUCCUCAACUGAUAGUAUAGGGUCAGAAUGAUUCAUGUUUAACAUUAAGCGAUUUUUAUAUCCUUUUGUUUAUAUUGAUCACUAAAGACGAUUAAAGAAAGGCAAUUUUAGGUUGCCAUUCAUUCUAUAAUCAUUGAGUUCACAGUUUUAUGGCAAGUCCGAAAGUCCAUUUAAUCAUUCAAUCAAAUAUACAAUGGAUCAAAAAUGUAUUGAAACAUCUUGCUUUUUUGCAAUUAGUUCUUUUUAAAGUACCAGAAGUAAUAAUAAAAUUGUUGAUAAAAUUAAUUAUCAAGGUGCCAAAUACUUUACUGAUCCACUGUAUAAUUACAUUUUAAUUAUUUGUUAAUAUCUAUAAAAUCUUGGUAGAAAAUUGGUCCAAAACAAAUUUUAUAAUGAAUUUUAGUCAAAAUGGAUCUCUGACCACUAUGUGUGAUAUGCAGUGACUCACACAGUGUUCAGUUUAAAUUUGAUAAGUACUGAUGUCUCUUAUGAACAAUUAUGUGAGACACUGCAUUUAAUGGAGAGAUAAUUAUGACACAUUUUCUAUAUACGUUUUGAAUUCUACUAAUUCUUAAGAAGAAUGUGUCAUCUAUGUUACAAAAUGUAAGAGGUCGUUCUUAAAUUUUGAACUUCAAAAAUGAACGACUAUUAAAUGGCCCAAUGAUAUUAUUCAUGUAUGAAUUGCGAGAGAAGUGAAAAAAAUGAACAAAAUUUUAGCAUAUCCUUAGCGAAACAUAAUCUAGGACCAAAAAUAUUUUCUAUCGAGUGUUCUCAUUGGAAAGACACAUGGUGCAUCCAUAAGGAUCCUGAAAUGAAAUUUUAAUUAUUGUCACGAAUUCAUCUGAUACGUUAGCCUCGUCGACUCGUCUAAAUUGAAACCUUCUCAUUUCUUAAAAGUAUUUCGAAGUUCGUCGAAUCGCUGAAUGCUCAAUUUUUUCCUUUUUCUUUUUUGAUCAGCGAUCGUCGAAGUUCGAGAUCCAUAUCGACUGAACCAGACAAUAAUUCUUAUUUUUCUUGCACAAUUUAAAAAAUUAAUGGACGUAUCGGCGGCGCUAUCAAUUAAAUCUAGUUUCAUGUUUUAGCUGUAUCUGCCAUGAUCAUAUUUCGAUCUCGAACUUUUGUGAAACAACCAUAAAUCAGGGUGACUGUCGAUACGAGGCCUAGUCAAUCCUUGAUAACUCAGUAUUUUUCUUAAAACGCAGAUUUUUUUAUGUAAAUGCGUGAAAAUAUAAAUGGAAAUGUAGUAGAAAGAACGUUGGAUAAAUCUCUAUCAAAAUUAUCAUGAUUCUUAAAUUUUUGAAACAAGUAAGGUAUGACACAAUUCGCUGACAUAAAAGUAUCACAAAAUACCAUUUAAAAAAUCGUGUAUAUUUUUACAUUGAUAGCCACUCUGAUACACGUGACAAUAAUAAAGUACUAAUUAUGUAAUUAGUAAACAUUAGGUAAGGUAGAACACGAAGAAGGAAUUAUUAGAAUUCGAACGUGUCUUAGUAUUUUUCCUUUCUUCGCUGUUUUUUAUGUUCAAACGAAGAGGAAGUUUGGACACUUUGCUCUCUAUUUGCGUGAACAGUGGUUGCAUUGCUCUUUUCUGUAAAAAUUAAAAGAUUUGUACAUUG